AUGAACUCCAACGAGCUGGUCCACUACCUCGCCGACAAGCCUCCUUCGGUUGUCAGACUCGAGAUUGAGAAGCAUUUUGAUGCUUUGGACGACAAGCAAAAGCGAUAUGCUCACUUUAUCAGCAAAGCUGCUUUUGCAGGCACCAGAAUUGUCCUUCGACAGUGUUCCCCAGAGUCAGAGCCAAUCUUUGACCUGAUUCUAGCUCUCCACAAGUCUGCAAAUGGUGAUUGGAAUGCCCUGGCCAAGAAGGCUGGCGUCGAGGAGGAAGAGUCUACUCGCUUCCUCGAGUACGCUGCCAUGUUCCUCGGCAACAAUGGCAACUACAAGAGCUUCGGUGACUCCAAGUUCAUUCCUCGCUGCACUGAGAAGACUGUCGCUGCCCUAGCUGCCACUUCUCCUGAAGCCAAGAAGUUCUACGAGGCGACAAAGGGUGGCAUCUUCAGCGCUGACAACCCCGCUAUGAUGCAUUUUGGUUAUCCCGACGAUGGCCACAUGACUACUUACUACCCUGACUCUUCGCACAUCACCAAGGACGAAAUCAAGGCGGUUUCUGACUGGAUGGAGUCUAAGGGUCUACUUCCCGAGAACAACCGACUCCGAAAGACCUCAGAUGGCAACUUCGAGAUCUUGAUCGCCUCGGCUGUCAAGGAAAUGCCUAGCGAGGGUGGUGAUAUUGGCAAGCAGACUGAAUUUACCGUCGAAGAUGGUUCUCUCAAGGCUAAGACUAUCAAGUUGGUCUAUGGUGACUACGCCGAGGAGAUGAAGAACAUUACCGCAUUCAUCAACGGCGCUGCCGAGAAUGCAGAGAACGACACUCAAAAGAAGAUGCAUCAGGCGUACAGCAAGUCUUUCGAAUCCGGCUCCCUGGAGGAGUUCAAGAACAGUCAAAGAUACUGGAUCAAGGACAAGGGCCCCAUGGUUGAGUCCAACAUUGGUUUCAUUGAGACCUACAGAGACCCUGCUGGUAUUCGUGGAGAGUGGGAAGGCUUUGCCUCAAUGGUUAACUUGGAGCGAACUCGCGCCUUUGGUGAACUCGUAGAAAAGGCCCCUCAACUCAUUCCUUUGCUCCCUUGGGGCUCAGAGUUUGAGAAGGACAAGUUCCUGUCGCCCGACUUUACCUCUCUUGAGGUUCUUACCUUCGCUGGUUCGGGUAUCCCCGCUGGUAUCAACAUUCCCAACUACGAUGACAUUCGUCAGACCGAGGGUUUCAAGAACGUGUCACUAGGUAAUGUCAUGAGUGCAAAGGCACCCGAUGAGAAGAUCCCUUUCAUUCGUGACGAGGACCUUGAAGUAUACAAGAAGCAGCGCGAUGCUUCUUUCGAGGUCCAGGUUGGUCUUCACGAGCUUACUGGUCACGGUUGUGGUAAGCUCCUCCAAGAGACAUCCCCAGGUACCUUUAACUUCGACAAGGAGAACCCUCCUGUCAGCCCCGUGGAUAACAAGCCCAUUACAACAUGGUACAAGCCUGGUCAGACAUGGGGAUCUGUCUUUGGUAGCAUUGCCGCGUCAUAUGAGGAGUGUCGCGCUGAGCUUGUUGCUAUGCACCUGAGUUGCGAGUUCCCUGUCCUCAAGAUCUUCCACUUUGGUGAUGGUACUGAGGACAUCAAUGGCGAGGCCGGCGACGUUCUGUUCGCCUCCUACCUGUCUAUGGCUCGAGCCGGACUUGCCUCACUAGAGAUGUGGGACCCCAAGAGCCAGAAAUGGGGUCAAGCUCACAGCCAAGCCCGCUUCUCCAUCCUCAAGUGCUUCCUUGAGGCCGAGGACGACUUCUGCAAGCUCGACUACAAGCAGGAUGAUCUCUCAGACUUGACCAUCAAGUUGGACCGCUCCAAGAUUCUUACUGCGGGCCGAGAUGCGGUUGCCAAGUACCUCCAGAAGCUUCACAUUUACAAGUCGACUGCCGAUGUCAAGACCGGCACCGACUUCUACGUCCACAUGACAACCGUUGACCCUGAAUUCUGGGGCAAGAAGGUUCGCGAUAUUGUUCUCAAGAAUAAGCAGCCUCGCAAGGUCUUUGUUCAAGCCAACACCUCUCUGGAUGAGUCAUCUGGAAAGGUCUCGAUCAAGCACUACGAGCCUUCGUUGACCGGCAUCGUCCAGAGCUGGGUGGAUCGUGACCUGUAA